AUGCCUAUCACCGUGUCGUUGGUCAAUCAGCAGCAGUGUUACGCUGGAAAUGACCGAAUCAGAGGUCGUGUUAUCUUUCAAUGUCCUACCCCAACAGAGAUUCAGGAUAUUCGAGUGACAUUCUCCGGGCGCGCAAAGGCAAAGGUGCAGAAGACCAAGGGAUCUGCAGCCCCUGCCGCCAGCUAUCGUAGCAAAUGUAUCCUUUUCGAAAAGGAGAGAAUACUAUGGCACCCGAAUGGCGAUACAGUUGCCCCUGACACGUAUGAAUGGCCGUUCGAAUUCGUCUUUCCGUCACAUGUCCAGGCCGCCUCGUCAAGAUGGCCCGAAACUUUGCCUUUCCGCAGCGACGCGAAUCACCCCCUGCCACCCACCUUUGCAGCCGAAACUCAUGAUUCUUUACGGAAGCUGGAGUGCACCAUCGAGUACCGAGUCCACGCCCAAGUAUUCAGACCGCAGCGAGGAAUCUUAGGGAGAAAGUCACCUUUGUUCUCUGAGGUCGUACAUUUGAACUUUUUACCGCUUGAAGCUAGAUGGGAUUUGAAAAGCACAGACAGCUACCCUGCGACAUAUCAGCAACAGAAGGAGCAGUUGUUCAAUAUACGAAGCAUGCUUCUACUCCCGGAAAAUAAGGGAAGAAGCCUGAAGGUGCAGGAGAAGAUCCAGUCAUGGCUAUCACCUGGUCAGCUGCCUCGGUUCAGCUUUAAAGCGUCUUUUUCCUACCCCACACGCAUGAUACAAUCUGCACCGAUCCCAUGCUUUUUAGACAUUACGCCUUUUAUGGAGGACUCUUCUGUUAUUUCACCUCCGGACAUUGUGAUGCAAUCUUUGUCCAUCUUCAUGGUCAGUCAAACUGCCGCUCGGGCCGCUCCGUCUUUAAUGGGAGCAUUAUCGGGCCAAGUUGACGAGCGGAUUGAAAUACUAUCACGAACGUCACUCGGUAUGCGAGUUUUGGGUAAAGUGGACUUAGCGCAGGCUUUUGGACAUCUUAGAAUCAGGCAUACAGAUGUUUCUUUCCGCACAUUCAACAUCAGCAGGACGUAUCGGUUGUGCGCGUCAUUUUCGUUUGAAUGUGCAGGAAAAACAAGUACCUUUGAUGUUCCCGAUCUCCCUGUGGAGCUAUUGGCAAACUCUUGGGAACCAGAAAAAGCUACUCAAAGCUUCGAAGGGCACGUUGCGGAGGACGCUAGCCCGCCGCCAUAUGCAUCUGCGUCAACUUUGUCUACAUCAUCAAUAACGACGCCCGAGAAAUCCUGA